AUGUUUCAAGUCAUCAGUACCUGUCAUGUGUUGCAGAUCGUCUUGGAUUUCGUGGCCACUAGCUUUCCUCCUCCAAGGGGUGUUCGACGACCUUGUGGACGAGCCCGCCCUCCCCGUCAGGUUCCGCAACUGGAACACGACCCUGCGGCUGAAGGGCACGUCGCCGUCGCGCAUCUCCGAGAGGUCCGAGAAGGAGCGGCGCUCCCCCCAGCGCUCGCCCAGCACCUCGCCCCAGCCGGACCAGCAGAGCUCCUGCUGCAACGACGUCGAUUCCCACGCCCACCGCACGCCGCCCACCGUCCGCCACCGCUGCCGCGCCCACAACGCCCUCCACUGCGCUUGCGACUCCUCCAAGCCGGGGGCGCCAGGGAGCGCGUCCAGCCCAAGAUGAACGGAGGAUCUAGAGGAGGAACCCGGGAGAGCUCGGCGUCGAGGCCAGCGGCUCGGAAGGCUCGAGUCACAUCGCAUAUCAAUGCUGCGAAUAAAAGUAUAAAACAAAGAAAAGGAAAAGACAUAACAAGAGAAAUAUCCGGUUUCUAUUUGGAAUUCGCCUCCUAUUUUCUGAGCUCCAUCGGGAUCGACGCGGCGUGCGAGGCGAGCCCUGUGCUAGGACCAAUGGUGCUGUUAAGUUCAAGUUAUUGUAGGUCGGGUUCGUUCAGGCUUUCAGAUCGGCUGGCGCUGUAGCUGCGUCUGCCUCGCUCGACCGAUCCCGCCGCUCCACUUCAGGCGAGCGGGAACUUAUAAAACUCAAAAAUCAACGAAGAUUCGAAGCGGAGAUUCGGUCUUCGCCUAAGACCUGAUACGUUCUGGACCGCGAUCGGACCGAAGCCGCGGUCACCCACUGCCCCUGGGUUUCGCGAAUCCGGCUCCGAGACUGGGGCUCACGGUGUUUCCAUUCGCUUUUUUCCCGCUUUUGCUGUGAUUCUUGUCCAUGGUCCGCGCUAAGGAAUCCUCUGCGUGGGCGGUGACGCUAUGCAACACCACGCUAUGUUGGAAGUUCGCGCUCCAUAGCUUGUUAUAAAGCUAUACUAUAACUGCCUACGGAGAUGUGUAUAUGUCGUUAAGAAUCCUACUCCUACAAGCCUGUCGAAAGUCACCUUUGUAAUCAUAACGAAUUUAAUGAAAUGGCUGUGCUAAAAAAAACGAUUAUUGAUUAUAGAAGAAAGAAUAGUAGAUCCUCACGAAUAAAAGUAACAAAAUAAAGAAUACGAGGAACAAGGACACUCGCAAAGAUUAGCAGAAAUUCACGACGAGAAGAUAGCAUUGAGAAAGAGAAGAAUCAGAAUCGCGAAGCCAAACCUGCGUGAGAUUCGCGCGUGUGGAUAGGAAAUGGAGACCGUCGUUUGCAGCCAAGACACUAGCUAACCACAA